GUUGAAGCUUGAAGCUCGAAUUUUAGCGCGGCUUUGAAAGGCGCGGCUGCGAACAAACUUCUCAGCCGCGUCUGGUCUUCAACCUCGCAUCAACAACCUCAUCGCAACAUCGCAAGAAGCUGCACCCAAGAUGGCGGCGGAACAGAGGAAGCUUCUAGAACAGCUCAUGGGCGCCGGUGCCUCCUCCCGCGCCGCCCAACUCUCCAUUACCGACCCCAAAGUCUGCCGUUCAUUCCUCGCCGGCACCUGCCCACAUGACCUCUUUACAAACACCAAGCAAGAUCUCGGUCCCUGCCCAAAAGUCCACAGUGAACCCCUGAAAACCGAGUACGAGGCCGCAGAUGCAGCACAGAAACAGAAAUGGGGAUUCGAAUACGACUACAUGCGCGACCUGCAAAAGUACAUCGACGAAUGCAAUCGCCGCAUUGAUGUUGCCCAGAGGAGAUUAGAGAAGACGCCAGAUGAAAUUCGGCAGACGAAUGCGCUGCUCAAGCAAAUUGGGGAUUUGGGUAAGAGUAUCGAGACGGGACUGAUGGAGAUCCAGGUUUUAGGGGAGGAGAGCCAGGUUUCGCGGGCGUACGAGGAGUUCUUUCGGAUUCGGCAGGCGAUGCAGACGAAGGGGGAUAAGGAGAGGGAGUUGAAGGCGCUGAGUGAUACGUCUGGUCCGUCUGGUCAUCAGAAGUUGCAGGUUUGCGAUGUUUGUGGUGCUUAUUUGAGUCGCCUGGAUAACGAUCGACGGCUGGCGGAUCACUUUUAUGGGAAGAUGCAUUUGGGGUAUGCUCAGAUGCGGAAGACAUUUGAGGCGUUCCCGAAGGAGUUGAGAAAUAGAAGAGGACCCAUGCCGAGCGAAGAGAGUGGAGAGGCGAGAGGUGGCUUCGAUGGCGGGUAUGGGGAUGGAGGAUAUGGUGGGAGAGGAUACGGAGGUAGAGGGGGAGGCAGAGGUGGCGGAUUUAGAGGUGGUCGUGGAGGAGGAUUCAGGGGACGAUGGUAAUGGAUUCUAUGACAACCUUGCAUACCUUCUGGCGUUCAGGGCGGGAUCAUGGAAUACUUGUAUUAUAAAUGCCAUCAAAAUGAAACGAAUUCAAGGCUUUUCACGAGGCCAAGCAAGAAAUUGUGAUGUCAAUGUCGACAGGGUGGGAAAUCUCAAGAUCAGUAUUUAUUCAG